AUGGUGACCCUAAAGAAGACGGCGAUGGUGGCGAAGCGCGCCUCGGCGCAGCUGCCGCGCCCGCGAAAGAACCUUGCGUCACGCAAGAUCCACACGGAGGGCCGUAUCGUCGCAAAGAAAGAGUCGCAGACGUCUGGCGCGAAGAAGCGGCAUCGCUGGCGCCCUGGCACCGUUGUGCUCCGCGAGGUGCGGCGCUACCAGAGCUCCACCGACUUUCUUAUCGCCAAAGCACCAUUCCGUCGCCUCGUUCGGGAGAUUGUGUCGAAUCUGAAGGACUCAUUCCGCAUGAGCCCAACGUGUGUGGAGGCGCUGCAGGAGUCGACGGAGUUGUACGUCACGUCAGUGCUCGCGGACGCCAACCUGUGCACGCUGCACGCCAACCGUGUGACGGUGUACCCGAAGGACAUUCAGCUUGCGCUGAAGCUGCGUGGCGAGCGGCUGUAG